CACAGAUUCACCUUGAGCCGCACAGCUCCUCUUGUGGAAGACUUUGGGAGAGAAAUUGCACUGAAAAGUUCUUCUCAACGAUACACACACAAAAGCACACAUUGUGAGUGAAUUUCUCUCCCACCAAAUAAACACAAAUCUCAGAGUUGAUCGUUUUCGUGAAACUUUUGAAUGGGACGCGAAAGUAUCUCGGAAAUUCCUAAUGCGAUUCAAUAGUCCUAAAAGACUCUUCAUGCAUAAACAAGUACUUCCACUUUAAUUAAUCCACUUUGGCAGAAAUUAUACAAUCGCUCUCGAAAUGCACAUUUCGUGGGUUUAACACUCGCAAGGUUUUGCUCGAAUUUUUUUUUAACAAUUUUGAAUCUCGAUCUUUACUUUGUGAAGGCUAUUGUUAACGAAAUUGUGAUUCACAUGAUGUGUAGACAAUUGAAAUAGUUCUUCCUUGCUGCAAAAAGCAACAAAAAUGCCAAUUUUUGGGACCAAAAAUGAAAUAAAAAGUGUUAGUCAAGACACAAAUCAGCUGAAAGAAAGCCGUUGUAGUUUAAAUCGGAACCAAGAACAAGAUCAAAGAUUUUUCCAAUGUGUUUUCUCAACUGUCUCAGAAAACUGUAUGACAUGCUCAAGUACAAUAGUCGUCAAAUACGAGAAAAAUCUGAUUAAUGGUCACAGUGGCCAAAAAGUUCUUGUACGUAACUUUUCUUACUAAAUCUUUCUAGUGUUAAAGUGCUAUCAUUAGUCAGUCCUUGAACUGAACCUCCCCAAUAUCUAAAUAAAAUUGAAAACUCCUCUGCGAAACAUUCGGAAAACUGCCAACAUUUCCACAGCAGCGAUCGCCAGUCUUAUCCCUCCUUUCGUCGCCAGUCUUGGGCUGGAAUGAAUGGUCCCCACGCGGCCGCACUCGCCCCAAGUGUGGCUGCGGCUGCUUUUCGAAAUCCAGCUCUCGCGCAGUUUGGUCUGAACCACCUCUAAAUUCACAAGUGUUGUGCCUCUCCUUCUUCGUUCGAAGCUAGAAGAUUUUCUUUCAAACAUGCUCAAGGCGGUGCCCCUUCCCAAUCCUUGUCCCACUUCCACGCCCGCGCCCAAGACCAUCGCGCCCUACGACACCUACCAAUGCACCGUCGGCGAGGACUUCCUGCGGAUCGCGCGCGAGCAACUGCGCGAGGACGACAACAUCCGGUCGCAGGCGCUGGCCCAGUUCCGCGAGUGGAUCGCCAAGCAUCCGUACAUCAAGAAGUGCCGCACAGACGCCGUAUUCCUGCUACGCUUCCUGCGCACCAAGAAGUUCUCCGUUCCGGCCGCUUGUGAGAUGCUGGAAAAGUACCUCACCAUCAGGCAAUUGUAUCCCGCCUGGUUCCGGAAGCUCGACAUCGAGGAUCCUGCCAUCAAUGAGAUCGUCUCUGCGGGAUACCUCGUGCCGCUGCUGCAGCGAGACGCCCUGGGGCGCCAAGUGAUAAUGAGCUGCGCUGGCAAGUUCGAUCCCCAUCGCUACACGUCCGCCCAGAUGGCCAGAGUGCACUCGCUGGUGUGCGAGGCCCUGAUGGAUGACGAAGAGAGCCAGAUAACCGGCUACAACCACAUCAACGACGAAUCCGGACUCGCCAUGGCGCACGUCAGCCUUUGGUCGCUCACGGACAUUCGCAACAUGAUGCGCUGCAUUCAAAACUCCACGCCGAUGCGUCACAAGGAGACGCACUUCAUCAACUUGCCGCACUACGGCAGCAAACUCAUUGAGUUCAUGAUGACCAUCCUCAACGAGAAGCUCAAGAAGCGCAUUGUCCUGCACAGCUCUCUAGACGACCUCAAGCGACACGUCGAUCCAUCGAUCCUGCCGAAGGAAUACGGAGGCGUCGUUCCACUCAGCGAGAUGAUCGACAAAUUGAAGAUCCGGCUGAAGCAGAAGCGCCAGGAAAUCCUCGCGCUUGACGAUUUCUACAUCGAAAUCUCCAAGACAGCCGCGAAUUUCGCGGGCAGCGAAGAUGCCGAUAUGGAUGCCGGCGUCGUGGGAAGCUUCAGGAAAUUGGAAGUAGAUUAAGUCUGUCUAACAUUCCUCCGCUUAAAACCUAUAUGAAAAAUCUUCUCCGAAUUAAUCAUUAUUGUUUAAGACUUAGCUCAAUUUUGUUGUAAUAAGAUGGAAGGAAAUCUCGAUGACAUCGAGUCCAUUAGGUGGGAAUAAGUUACCAAAUCUGUGAUCCUAUAGUCAAAAUGGGAUGUUUAAUCACUCAAUUAUUCUGCAGUGCACUUAACUUUCUUCCUUUCACAAUCUCUCUUCCAUUGAUAAACACUUGCGUUUAUAGAUUUUAAUUGACUGUUUCGCAACAUGAAUUUUUUUUUUGAUAGGGGAAAUUGUUCAUUUAUUGAUCUUCUUGGAUAUGAAUCAGCAAAUAAAUUUGGUAUGUGAAAAUUUGUGAAAUUCAUUGAUAAUAAAACAUGUUCUAAAAAGCCAUCAUUUCACAAUUGUUUAGUAUGAUCAACGCACAAUGUGGACACAUUUUGUGUUUACACUGGAUGGAGAGUUUGUCUUUAAUUGGAAAAUUGAUCAAUUAAUGGCCCCAUCGAUGGACAACAAUAGUGAAAUCAGAGUCUGGGCAGUCGCCAAAGUGCACUCGCGUAUUGCGAAAGUCCAUUAGCAUGCUGUCGCACGUCACACUCUUCACUGCCCUGUCGCUCCUCCUCAUCGCGCGGCGCGGAUUCAUGCAGGAAUCCCGCGACUGUGACACGCUCAGAAUCCUCAAUGCGAGCGAAAUGAGCAUCGGUGAGAAAUUGGGUCAGCAAACCCUCAUCAUUCACCAUCUCUCGAAGAGAUUGAGGUUGCUCGAGAGAAGACUGAAGUCCGUGGAGCAACCAAUUUGGGUGAUUCGCGAAGGAAGCAAUGCGUCCUGGAUUGAGUGCGAAAGAGGACCGUGUCAAUGUGAUAAGAUAGCAAGAAGCAUCUCUUGUAGUGGAAAGUAUCUCAACAGUCUUCCAAUCAAUCAAAUUGUACCUUCAGCAGUGAAAAAAUUGUAAGUAAUCUCGAAAAACACCAGAACAAUAUCAUAAACUGCCUUCCUGACAUUUUCUAGGGACUUAUCAAGAAAUUCUCUGUUUGCUCUCAAUCGAGAUUCCUUCAAAGGACUACGAAAUCUCUCAGAAUUGCUGCUCUCUGAGAA